AUGUCUCCCAACCCGCUGCUCGCUCGUGGCGAGACCGACUGCUUGCCAGGCACCACGUUCUACUCCUGUGUUGCCAACCGAUUUAGAGGAUGUUGCUCCACGGAUCCGUGUGCCCUGCGCUCAUGCCCAGACGGGGUGCUCUUCAAGGCCUCGUCCGACCUCAACGGCGGUCCCAUGCCCUCGAAGACGCAACCAGAGCCGGACAGGGCGAAGCCGACGCCGACUGACGAUGAUGCCCAGGGCCGGCAGAGGGACGAGGAGUCGACCUCGUCACGGCCAACGCCGACGUCCAAGAAGUCGGCAACCAUGACGGACUCGGGCAUCACCCACACCAUCCCCAACAACUCCAUCGUCACAAUCACAAGGCACACGACCAUCACCACCGGCAGGCCAACAACGACCCCCUCGGACACGUCUGACUUGAUCUCUCCAUCGACAACAGACGUGCCGCUCACGGGAACAAUCCCAGCAACGUCCGACAUCACCCCAGCGCCCUCGUCCACCGAUGCUGAGACCACAGCAAGUCCCUCCGCGUCUUCUUCUUCUUCUUCUUCUUCAGCAGCAGCAGCAAGCCCCCUGUCGACAGGAGUCAUCGUCGGCAUCGCUAUCGGCGGCGCCGUCGUCAUCGCCAUCCUCGUCGUCCUGGGAUUCGCUCUCCUGCGCCGCCGCAAGAAGCAGCAGUCCGGAUCCGAGACCGCCUCCGUCGUCCAGCAAGACACUGGUCGAGACGAAGUCGUCGAGGACAAGCACUUCCCUCAUACCGUAUCAGCUCACACCACCGGCACCCAAGCAAGCAGCGAUCCCUUUGCCCCGUUUGGAGGCAAGUCUCUCCCCCCUCUCCUCCUCUCCUCUCUUUGA